AUGCCUGCUGGACAUCAAGGCCGCAACGCCCUCCCCGCCGGUUGGCCACUGACAGAGUACCACAUCGUCUUAUAUGGUGCCUUCUCGCGUCCCCACAAAGAGCUUAAAAGCCUGUUCACAUUCCUAGGUGCAUCUGUAACUGACAGGAUUAGUCAACACACCUCCCAUCUCGUAUGUGAGAAAAGGAACUUCGAUACGAAUGCGCCUCAAGUCAGGGUCGCAAGAAGCCUAAAAAAGGGACCUGUGAAGGUCCUUGUUAAGCCGGGGUGGGUGGAAGCAAUAGUAAACUUCAAGGAUGACCCCAAAAUAAGUGCGCUUCCCAAUCCCGAUGACUACCUGUGGGAAACUCUGGACAAGCACGGGAAUGCAAAGGCAGAGCCGGCCGCCAGCAGCAAUGCCAAGACUAUUUCAAGCUGUAAGAAGUCAAAAUUUCGUAUUGCAAGUCCCAAUGAAGGGGAAAGAAGAUAUGACAGAAGCAGCAUCACUCAUGGUCAUGGGAAUGGUACCAGUGGCCAUGAUCCUGUGGAUGAUCCUGUGGAUGAUCCUGUGGAUGAUUCUGUGCAUGAUGCUGUUGACGAACAGUUGACAAAGACCAACAUCUCAGAGGUCCCAGAUGAGCCAUUCACAGUUGAGGUGACGGAGGAACAGGUUCUGGGGAAGAAACCCAUAGAUCCAUCUCAUUGCCAGGUUCUGAGUAAAGGGCAUAUUGUUGUUCCUGUGGAUGACCACCGCCUUCUGCAAGACUAUGCCGUUUACAUUGACCCACGGAGCGGCACGGCCUACGAUGCUUCUCUGAAUCGGUGCAAUGCUUCAAACAAUAACGAGUUUUAUCGUCUGCAGAUCCUUUUCAAAGAAGACAACUACAAGACCUGGACCCGCUGGGGCCGUGUUGGCCUGAAAGGACGGGGUGCCAUUCUAGGCACAGGGUCCCUCGAUGACGCCAAGCAGCAGUUUGGGAAAAAGUUCAAAGACAAGUCUGGCCUCGCCUGGGAAGACAGAACCGGGAGACCCCAGCCAGAAAAAUAUGUAUUUGUAGAACAUAGCUACGGCCCGGCGGAAGCGGCUGACAGUGACAGCGACGGCAACGACGGCAGCAACAGUGUUGAUGAAGAUACGAACAUAGCGGCAGAACAAAAAGACCGCGAUCCCCCUGAAUUUCAGGCUCUCGCGUACAUGCCGGUCUAG